ACCCCGAGCGGAGCAGAGAGAAAUGAAAUGCGUGCCUCUGAUAUCGAUUAUCAAUUCGGAGCUAUCAACGUUAAAUAGAUAUUUUCUCUGAAACUAAACAAGAAUAACAGCCUUCCUUUAAUUCUUAUAUUCAAAAGAAAAUAUGAGAAAUUCUUUUUUAUAUACAUUCAAUUCAGAUUAUUAUUGAAUGAAUUAACCAUUUAUAUCUAUACCGCUUUUCCAAAUUUUAACAAACAUCAUCAUCAGCAAACAAACCGUUCUUUUGUCACGGAAUUGCAUUGUGCUGCAACUAAAGUCAGAUUAAGAACUGUGUUUCGAGUUACUAAACCAAAUGGUUAAAUAAUUGUGAAUUCGAGAUAAAGUGGCGAAAAAGCUAAAAUGGACAAUCAUCGUUUAGUUUCGUAAAACUAAUUCGUUUUUGGUGAAUAUUGAAAAAUUGCCUGAAAUUCGAUUCUAUAAAGAAGUCUGAGUAUCACUUGGUAUGGAUAAUGAGCCUGAAGAGGGAGGCAUUGUCACAAUUCUACAACAUUUCCUCCUUGCAGAUAGUUUUAUGACAAAGAAAAGAGUUCUGCGAUUAAGGUAAGGUGGUACCAAAUCUAUGAUUUCUUAUUUCGCCAGAGUGUGAUUAUUUUCAAACAUUGUAUCCUUUUAAGUUUGAUAAAUUGCUGUGUAUUUGUAAAUUUCAUUUAUUUUGAUGAUUAUUCAAACAACAAGAGGAAUCUCGUUACAUUUUCGCAUCGAUCUACAUUGAAUGUAUAAGUCAUGACAUGGUUUUCCAAUUAUUAUACUCUGUUUCACCCUAACUUGGCAGUAGUGUAAAUUCUAGGCAUGCCGAAUCGCAGUCGUCAUCAGGGGAACAGGGUUACUUUAAAGUACAAAGUUACUAGAAAUGCAGAUCGCUGGCGAAACUUUAUCUCGCAAAUUUUUCGCCAAAUGGUAGAGGUAUUGUGGCAGAUAGGUACAACAGAUCGACCUGUUUUCAAAUGUCCUUAACCAUCAAGCAUAUAUUACAGUAUGAACCAACUUCCAACAGUGAAUUUUAUUUUCAAGACAUAAAAUGUGAGCGUCAUCUGUAAGGAAAACAAUAAACGUAGGAGAACAUAAAAUAUCGUGUAUGCGAUUUUAAAGAACCGUCUGUCGGAAAGUGAAAAGACAAUUUUACAAUCGAUGGCAAUGGACUUGUACCCGAAGACAUUAGAGGAUCUUGCUCUCAGAAGGGCGGCGGUUAUUCUGUGUAGUUGCCCUAACAUGUAUAUGUUUGCUGCAAGAAUGAAGGAUGCUACUAAAGAAGAAUUUGAGCCAGAAAUAGAUAAAAUCUCGAGAAAUAUUGUAGCUAAUUUUUCGUUGCCUCUAAUGCUGGAGCAGGAUUUGCUUGGAGCAAUGAAAGCUGUUUCUAGGGAAAUAAUAAAAUGGGUGAAGUUUCAUGAAAAUUUUUUAGAGCAAUAUGAUGGAGUUUUGUCUAGACUAGAGAACCUAGAACAUAUAUGUUGGACACGCCUCGGGACUGUGGACUACGAGAAAACGGCCCAAGUACUGAUCCGCAACAAAAAGUUAAGCACCGAGCAGUGCUUCAAACUUGCCUGCCUCUAUUGUUUCUUUCAAGAUAUAAAGGAACUUUGGAAGGAAGUACCCUAUUCGUACAAAAAAGUUUUUUUUAAGGUUAACCCUUUGCCGAUUACAGAACCUAGAAUAGUGGUUUUUUUUUAUUGUUUAUUAAAUCGCCGAGGAUAUCAGGAGGAAUUAAUUCUUCCACCAGAGCAAAGAGAUUUAUCUUCUAUCUUUGAAUAUAUGUUUGAAUAUGUCGCACUUCAAGGUUAUAGAACUGCAACUCAGUAUUUUUUUCACAAGUUAAACCUCUUGGACAGAUUACACAUAAUAACAAGGUUAGCUGUACGUGUAGCAAAAAUGCGUUCUUUUGAUCGUUGUUUCUAUUUGCACGAGUACCAAAAAUAUAGCGACGUUUUGCGCUUUUUGAUGAGCCAUAUGCGUGUAAGUGAACAACGAGAACUGUGUCGUAGUGCGCCGUUUGAAACCCUUAAGUGUCUUCUGGAUUGGCCCUGGCAAUUUGAAUUCUUGAGACACGCAAAAUAUAUAUUGCAAUUCUAUCUUCUCACAAAUGAAAAGUACAGCCGGUUGCUUUUCAUUCUGGCCCAUAACAGUUCUUCAGGAUUCAACUAUCCGAAAUUGUUCCGAAUAUUUUUUCGCAUGAGUCCGAAGAAAUAUAAAAAUUAUACGUUGACUCAUUACUCGCAUUUCUUGCCUGAAUUCAUAAAGAUCAACGAUGUUGUGACCGUGAAAUUUAUUUUGAGGCAUUUGAAUGUGAAAGAGAAAGUGAAACUUCUGGCCAACAAAAGUAUGGGGUGUAACUUUAUACCUGCUCUUGUAACUGCAGGCAAGUGGGAUUUCCUAAGACUCUUCAUUCGUGAAUCCCAGUUAGCGAAUGAAAGCAAAGACUGUCUCGUGGCAUAUUUUCGAUUGCGGUUUCCUGAGGACUGGAAAAGCGAGUGGUUCCGAGAGUUUGUGCGUGAAAUUCGUACAGAUCAAAGCGGAGCAAAGUACGAUCGAUGGGCCUCCGAUUGCAAAAGAGUAUUUCGACGUGCGGUGAGGAAACGCCGCAAUGAAGAUCAUUCCGAACAGCCUAAGAAAUUACUUAGAGCAAAUUAAGUUCGAGAACGAAGAACGUGCGUGGCCGAAAGGAAAACAAAUAUGGAUUUUAACUUUAAUUUAUAUACGGGGAUAAGUAGUACUUUAUGGGAUUUCUUUGAAAAUUUUCAGAUUAGGAGAGGGAAAUUUGGAUACCUUUGAAGUUAUGCUGUAAACGAUAAGGGUUUUUAUAACUUCACUUAAGGACGUAUUAAUCCCUAGAAAGGGAAAUUUUCGCACGAGUUUUCCCUCCAUUAUGGGGGAAAUGCAAGCAAUCUGGACAACAACAUACCCGAAUGAAUGUGUAAACAGAAUUGAUUUGAACUGAUUAUCUUUAUUUUUAAACGCUGAAUCCGUGGCCUCCUGUGUUUUUGAAAUGAUUGUGAAGUUGAAGUGAAAUUAAAAAGCAAGAAAGGACUGAUUUUCUAGAAAAAGCUACAAAUAAAAAUGCUUGUUUGACAUAGCAUGAACUACCAGUAAUUGUGAAGAUUAAUUUAAUUAUUUAUGUUCGAUUUUUCAGAAGAUGAAAUGAACACAAAUUUUUGUUUUCAUCCAUAAUUUUUGCAGUCAUGAAUUAUCUGGCUAUGAAUGAAUUAUUCACUUGUUGAGAAAACUUCGAAAUGACAAAAAAAUAUAUAUUUAUCUAUUUAAAAUAAUAAAAGGAAAAAAACUGACGAAGCUUUUACCUAGCCCCAUAUAUAGAUCCGAUUUCGCCUAUUUUUAUAUGAUAGGAAAAAUCAUGGUCCCGUGAUAUGUCAUCUAGUUUCAUCUGCCUCCUUUGACCUCUAUUUUUAUGAGAAUUUUUUUUAAAAUGUGUUCUUACUAUUUUGAUAGGAAAAACAACAACAAAGUUCCUCUAUCAUAAUUUUGGUACCAAAUUCGAAAGUUUUUGUUUCGAAAGGUUUCUUAUGGUUUCUAAAAUCAUCACCAAUAGUGAUCUACCUUUUACUUUUCCAGAUAUAUUGUAGCAUAUAAUUUUUGUAAGGUUGUCAGCCUUGGCAACCGGAUCUAAUUUUGUUACCAACUGACAAUUUCGUUACUUCCAAGCAUAGCCAACCACCCUGCGUGCUGUAUCUUUAUUCUGCAAGUGUCAUUUGAAAUAAUGCUUUGUUUACUUUUACAUAUAUUAUUAUAAUUAUAAUUUUACUAUAUGUUUGCUGUGAGAAGAUACAGCUCAUUAUGUUGACUGACACAACUAAAUUAAUCUUUUCAAUGCUAUUCUCCGUCGAUGACCGUUUUGAUGCUUUUUAUUGAGUUUUCUAGAGCCAAUUUUAAAGAAACUAAUUUUGCGAAAUUUGGCUCAUUUCUUGUGGGAUGGCAUUACCAUAUAAAUUUCAUUUUGCAAUAUCUCUCAAAAAUCGAGCAAAAGGAGGUAAACAGCACCUGGUAAUCUACGUAGAAGACAUUUGUUUUCAUGUGAUGUAAAAAUCGGCGACAUCAGUAUUUUGCAUAUUUUACUAGUAGUUGUUGACUAUGUAUAUUUUUAAGUUUUUUCAUCCUCACAGAAUGUACACUGAAGUAGGGGAUUCUGCAGUUUUACUCGAGAAUGGACGGUGGUCGAGAAAUGGGAACCAUCGACGGCAUAUCAAGGCUUAACUAACUUUCAUAUGAAAUAGAAAUUGACGGAAUCGGUACUCUAUGACAUUCCCAAUUACUUUUCAAUGGAAAGAAUUUGGUAGAACAGCUGGACGCCCACGGGGCUAGUAAUUUAUUAAAAUGAAAAACUUUCUGUUGAAGUGAUAUUUCUUAAGGAAAACAAACAAAAUCAGUCUAUCUAAGGAAUAAUGUUAUGCUGGACGUAUUUAAGAUUUUAAGCUACCUAGCAGAGGAAUUCCUUUUUUUGUAAGUUCAAUUUGUAAUUUUAUUUUAAAUGGUUGGUUAUUAAUUUUCAUCCCAGUUAAGUAUGAAUAGGUCGUGCGUAUAGAAUUGCAUCCUUUUUGGACGAAGGUUUUUGUAUCCACAUUGUCCCAAACGAGAUUAUAGAGAGAAUGCAUUUUUGUAUAUGAUGUGGGGUUAUUUGCAUAUUGUGUAUUCAGAAUAUUUUGCAUAUUAUCAAUUGUAUAUAAUGUGAAUUACUGUGCUGUGUAUAUUUUAUGCAUUUUGUGAAUUGAUCCUUGAUGAAUGAUAAUCCAAAACAAAAUUGAACAUAACUGAAUUUGUAAUUAGUUGGAAUAAGAAUUCCAAUUUUAUGUAAAGUAAUUUUGAAAUUCGAAUCAGAAAUGGUUCCUUUAAUUUUUUUGUAAAGUUAAUUACGUGAAUGAAUAUUCCAUAUAUUGUGAAUUUUAUAUGUGAUGUUGCAAAACAAAAUUGAACAUUAUAGUUUUUCUUUUAAUUUAAAAUUGACCGAAACGUUUUUUAAAGGUUUAAGAAAGAAUGAAUCAUUUAUUAAAUAAAUGAAAAAUAUUUUUCAUUAAUUU